AUGCCUGGAAGAAUUAUUGAGAGGUACGAGCAGGUCCCAGUGACCAAGGAGGACCUUGAUUGGGCGGAGCUGGUGACUAUCGACCUGAGCAAGUUCGAUGCGCCCGGCGGCAAGGAAGAGCUCGUCAAGGAGCUCGAGUAUGCCGUCACCAAAGUUGGCUUCUUCUACGUGAAGAACUUCAACAUCAGCCAAGAAGAGGUUGACAGGCAAUUUGCUCUUGGAAGAGAGUUCUACAAUCUUCCACUGGAGGAAAAGUUGAAGUACCACAACAGUGACGAUCUCGUCCGCGGUGAAUAUAAUGGAUAUCGUCCUGCCGGUCACAGAAUCCUUGGCAAUGGGAUCAAGGACAACGUCCAAGUCUACAACAUUCCCAAGUUUGACGGAUUUCACAAGCGGCAACAGCCACCGGUUCUCGAGGAUAACAUUAAAGAGAUCGAGGCAUUCUCGCGAAAAUGCCACGAGGAAGUGGUAGUGAAGCUACUCAAGCUCUUCGCACUCUUCCUCGAGCUUCCCGACGAAGACCAGCUGGUCCGGGAGCACCAGUACGACGUCAAGGGAGAAGACCACCUGCGGUACAUGCACUAUGCGGCCCGCUCGCAGGAGGACAACAAGAAGGUGGGCGAGCUCUACUCACCAGGGCACACGGACCUGGGCAGCAUCACGCUGCUGUUCCGGCAGCCCGUGUGCGGCCUGCAGAUCCUCAACAACGCGGGCCAGUGGAAGUGGGUCAAGCCCGUGGACGGCACCAUCACCAUCAACACGUGCGACGCCCUGACGGCGCUGACGGGCGGCCUCAUCAAGUCGUCCAUCCACCGCGUGCACGCCCCGCCCCAGGACCAGGCGUCGAUCGACCGCCUGGGGGUCCUGUACUUUGCCCGCCCCAACAACCACGUCGUCCUCGACCCGCUGCAGGACAGCCCGCUGCUGGCCCGCCUGGGCAAGACGUCCAACGUCUUCACCGAGCUGGGCAAGCACCUCACCACCGAGGAGUGGGUCAAGAUCCGCCAGACGCAGCAGCAGCGGAAGACGCCUGGCGCCAAGAUCACCGAGGAUGGCAAGUAUGUGCACAAGCCUGAGGACCUGCAGAUCCUGCCUGGGCUCCAUGCUACGGUUCAUAACUAG